CUGUCAUCGAAGCUGCUGGUAUUUUUAGGCGGUGGCUUGCAGUGGCAGCAGCUGCGAAAGCAUUUCAUUGCCCCCCCCGAUUCCAACUCUCUCUCUCUCACUCUUUAGUCUUUAGCAGUUGGACAAUGACAGUAUCAGAACUGACGCCUGAACCAAGCACACAUAUUCCUCUCUGCCACCUGCAACCAAACCAAGUGGAUGCACCCGAGACAAGAUACCGGCGACUAUCAGCGACACAGUGUGAAUGGAAGAUUUGAUUUUUCUUACUUUCUAUGAAUCUCACUGACCAGGAAGUGUGUCAAACGUAAGCCACAAUCCACAAACAAACCAGAGACACAAGGAACAAGAGCUGAGGAGGGUCACGACUGAGGAAAAGAACAAAUAUCGGCCUUUUCUACCAUUGAAAGAAUCAUUUAAAGAAGAGCCAACGCUCAUAUGAACUAACUCAUGCCAGCUUCAACUUCUUGAGGACAUUAUUUUUAAGUAAACUUCACAUCAUUGUCAGAAUGCUCUAAAGACAGCAACUCAUCCAGCGAUCCUUCACCAAAGAUAAGAGGCUCUCGUCGAAGCAAUCCAGCAACAAAACAUAUUUCUUCAUUCAUACCACUGACAGGGUGACUUCACCAUGGAUAUUUUUGGAGGUGCUCCCCGUGUUUUGGGCUACCCACGUCCUGUGGUGGCACAGUGCGGCACAGACGCCACACUGAGGUGCCAAAUAGGUGGGGACCCUCGUCCUGAUGUGAUCUGGGAGCGUAAAAACAUCCAGAUAUUGUCAGAUGGACGCUACAAGCUUUCUGAAGAGGGGAAAGCAUACCUGCUGACCAUUACUGGAGUGACUCUGCAGGAUGCUGGCCAGUACAUUUGCAAGGCCAGAAAUAGCGUAGGUGAAACUUAUGCAGCAGCCUCCCUCAAAGUGGAAGGAGAGGCCCAGCCACAGGAUGGAAGGCAAAUAAGCGUUAAUGGUAUGCAGCAACCGAUGAAAGAAAAUGGAGAAUUUGAUGGACACCAGAAUGGCUACAGCACAGUACAGAAUGGUGUACACAAGAAAGAAAAUGGAGAGGAGCUGAAUGGAGAGCACAAGCGGAGCUUUAGUGAAAAGCAAGAGGAGGUUGAUUUAACGUCUGAUGAUAAACCACGAUUCCUCAUCAAGCCCCUCUCUCUGCGCGUGGAUCGUGGAGAAGAUGCCGCCUUCUCCUGCAAACUCUGGGGCACUCCUCUGCCCGAGGUGACAUGGGAGAAAGAUGGGAAGAAGCUGAAUGACAUCUUUGAGAGUGCACACUUCAGCGUGAGCAAUCAAGAUGGCGGCUGGUUCCAGCUCAAAAUCUACAGCACGCGCAUGCCAGACAAAGGUGUCUACACCUGCAGGGCCAUCAACUGCCACGGUGAGGCCUUGGCCGGUGCUGUCCUUCUUGUCGAGCCCGUACCAGAGCGACAGGACAGUAAAAUGUCCUCAAACAGUCAAUCAAACAGCCAGUGGUCGCCAAAGCACAGGGGCGGGAGGCUCAGUCUGUCGAGGGUCAUAGAUGAGCCACCUGUCAACGUGUCUAAAGCCAAGAAGUUUGCGGUGGCAGAGGGGAAGCAUGCCAAGUUCCGCUGCUUUGUGACGGGGAAGCCCAAGCCAGAGAUCAUCUGGAAGAAAGAUGGGGUUCUCCUUGAGCCUGGGAGGCGUCACCUGAUAUUUGAGGACAGAGAGGGUUACUACACGCUGAAGGUGCUGUACUGUAAAGUGCAAGACACAGGGCUGUAUGUGUGUGCAGCAUCAAACGCUCUUGGAAACACCCUCAGCGCGGUUCACCUGUCCGUCAAAGGCCCAGCUGUGCGGUUCAGGCGUCCGUUAAGAGACGUAGAGGUAAGGGAGAGAGAUGUCGCCGUGCUGGAGUGUGAGGUACCCGACGAGUCGCUUCCAUCUGCCUGGUACCUGGAGGACCAGCGGCUGAUGCCCAACAGUAAAUAUGGGAUGGAGCAGAAAGGAGCCACACGAAGACUGACCAUCCGUGAUGUCGGGACAGACGAUGAUGGGGUGUAUUUCUGUGAGAUGCCUGACGGAGCAAAGAGCAUUGCAGAGCUAUCAGUUAAAGGCACUAUUGUUCGUAAACUUCCCCGGAAGCUUGAGGUCCUGGAGGGUGAAAAUGCCGCAUUUUGCGUGGAGGUGGAGAGCGACGACAUGGAGAUCCACUGGUUCAAAGACGGUUUGAAGCUACACGAAACUCACCAGACGAUCCUGAAGUCUUUCGGCAAAACUCACAUUUUGGUCUUUGUCAACGUGGCCUAUCACGACUCGGGGGUAGUGACCUUUGUCACAGGACGAUCGAAGACGUCAUCGCGUCUCAAGGUCAAAGCCUUGAGGCAUUGUCCUCCUGUCUGUCCUGGUGGAGUCAAAAUGGAUGUAGACCGACCCAACAGCGCCCUGCUUACCUGGGUUCCUGCUUCCAACAGUCCGACCUCCACUAGAUCCAUCUUUGUUGUGGAGCGGCAGGAAGUGGGCUCCCAAGAGUGGCAGAAGUGUUUUACCUCAGAGACCGCCACGUCAGCUGAGGUCAACGGCGACAGCGUGCCGUGCGAGGGCAACUAUCGGUUCCGUGUCUGUUGCAUCAACAAGUACGGGCGAAGCGGCCAUGUGGAGUUUCCCAAAGCUGUCCAUCUCGUUCCUGGACCAAAGAUCUGCAGUCGACUCAAAGCCUGUGAGGUUGUGGAAGGAGAAGAUGCUCACUUUUCCAUUGAAUUGUCUGCACCAAUGGUUGGGACCUGGUUUCUCAAUAGCGCUCAACUACAACACGGUGGACGAUUUUCAAUUAAACAGUCCCAAACACGGCAUUCAUUGGUUAUCGGUGAAACUCGCAACACAGAUGACACAGCAGAGGUCACGUUCAUAGCCAAUGGAGUCCGGGAUUCAGCUGUGCUCAAAGUUACACCUGCUGUGGUGAAAUUCAGUCCUCUGUCAGAUUCAGACAGCCAUAAGAGGGUGGACUUUAGUGACCCAAUUGUGCUCUACUGUGAAGUCUCCCACCCCUUUGCAAAAGUGUCCUGGUUCAAAGACGGCAAGGAGCUCCAGGUGACAGAUGGCCUCAACAUCCAAUCAGAUGGGAACAUGAGGAGGAUUGUGAUUCAAUCCGCUGAUGCAUCUCACUCUGGAGUUUAUACAUGUGAAACUUCAGAAGAUGUCAUCAAAUUUAAUGUGGAUGUUGCAGGUCCUUCUGUGGAGUUCAGGCCGGUCCCGGAGGAGGAGCUCCAUAAGAGUAGCAUGGAGCUGGACCCGGUGGUGCUGCUCUGCCAUGUCUCAGCAGACGAUGCUGAAGUUGUGUGGUAUAAAGACGGCUGUGAGAUCCAGCCCAGUGACAACAUCACUCUGCAGGCAGAGGCAACCAUGAGGAGGCUAAUCAUCCGCUCUGCAGAGAUUUCAGAUGCUGGAAGCUACAUCUGCCAGGCAGGAAACAACAGCAUGGAGUUCACUGUCAAUGUCAGAGAGCCUCCAGUAAUGAUCGUGGAACCUAAGGAUGAUAUUGUGAUGGAGAGCUACAUCUCAGAGGAGAUCAACCUGCAGUGCGAGUUGUCUCGUACCAGUGGGAGGGUGCGCUGGUUCAAGGAUGGCCACGAGGUGGAGGGAGGGGACAACUUGCAGCUUAAAUCUGAGGGUCCUUACAGGAGGCUGACCAUCCUCAGCGGCUCAGUGGAGGAUGGCGGAGAGUAUGUCUGUGAAACAGAUGGAGAUUCUGUCUUUUUCCAGCUGACUGUCAAGGAACCACUGGUAAGAAUAGUUUCCCCGAGGGAAUCAGAGCUGGAAAUGACCCAUUUAGCCUCAGAGAGACUGGAGCUCAGCUGUGAGAUCUCAAAGGCAGAUGCCCCUGUCCGAUGGUAUAAAGACAGCCUGGAGGUAGAUGAGAGUCCUAACUUGAUCCUGGAAGUGGAUGGAGCCAAACGCCGGCUAAUUAUACCCAUAACCACUGUGGAUGAUACAGGGGAGUAUAUAUGUGACACUGAAGAUGACUCUGUGGCCUUCUUGAUCACUAUUACAGAGCCACCAGUGACGCUUACUUGUCCCAAAGACAUGCCAGAAAAACUGGAGAGUUUUGCUGGCAAACCAAUAGAGCUGGAAGUUGAGGUGUCCCGACCAGGUGCUGAAGUAAAAUGGUGGGUAAACGGCAGAGAAAUAGAGGAGAGCAGAAACGUCACCAUCACAGAGGACGGGUUCAUCCAUCGUCUCACCAUCCACUCACCCACCCCAGAAGAUUCUGGGAAAUACACCUGUGACGCUGUUGAUGAUAAAAUUGACUUCCAGGUCAAAGUUUCAGAGCCUCCAGUGAAAAUCCUAAAAAAGUCAGAGAUUACGACAAAUCUUAAAUCCCUGAUUUCUGAUGAAAUUGUACUGGAGUGCGAGCUCUCCAGAGCCAAUGCCGUGGCCAAAUGGUACAAGAAUAACCGUCGUAUUGAGGGCGAUGAAAGGUUCUGCGAAGAAGAAGAAGGCACUUUCCGCUCAUUGGUCAUCCUCAACGCUGAACUCGGAGACUCAGGAGAGUACUUCCUGGAUGUUGGAGAUGACAGUAUCAGCUUCCAGGUUAUGGUAGAAGAACCUCCAGUGAAAAUUGUAGGCAACUCAAGUGAUGCUGACUACCAGGAGAUGAUGGUAGGGGAAGACCUGAUCCUGGCCUGUGAAGUGUCCCGUGCAAACGCUCCGGUCCAGUGGUAUUGCAACGACAGGCUGCUCACCAGUGACUCGCGAACCUGCAUUGAGAGCUACGGUACUCUGAGGAAAAUUAUAAUCUCAAACGUCCAGCCCUCUGAUUCCGGGAAGUACGUGUGUGAUGCUGUGAAUGAUAAGAUGAUGAGCGUUGUCAGGAUUGAAGAGCCUCCAGUUACAUUCGUGAAUAAGGAGGAUGACAUUGUGGUGACAGGUUAUGAAGCAGAGAGUGUGACCUUAACAAGCUAUGUGUCCAAGGAGAACGCUCAAGUCCGUUGGCUGAAAGACUGGACGUCUGUUGAAGGCGAACGUACCCGAGCACUCGUGGACGGCCAUAAGCGCACCCUUACCAUUGAGCCUCUGAGGCGCUCUGAUGCUGGCGAGUACACCUGCGAUGUCAACACGGACCAGAUGCACUUCAGCUUGCUGGUUAAAGAAAUGAGGAUCAAGUUUGUGUUGCCACUCCGAGACACUGUAGCCCAUGCUGAUGGCAUGAUGACCCUCCGCUGUGAGGUGUGCAAGCCAAAAGCAGACGUCCAGUGGCUGAGGAAUGGCGUGGAGUUGGUUCCAAGCAGGAGGUUUUCUAUUCGGGCAGAUGGAGUUGAGCGGAGCUUGACCAUUCAUCGUUUAACUAGAGAGGAUGCUGGCGAAUACGCCUGCGAGUCCAGAGAUGACCGCACCGUGGCAACGCUGAGAGUAGAGAUGCCUCGAGUGGUGGAGUUCCUCACAGAGCUUCACAACACCACUGUGCUGGAAGGAGAGGACGCCACCUUUAAGUGUGUGGUUUCCCCUGAUGAUGUCCAGUUGGUGUGGCUCAUGGACAAUGAAGCUAUCACCUUGGGCGAUCGUUUCCAGGCAAACCAGAACGGCCUGUGCCACACUUUGGUGAUCAAGAAGUGCCAGAUGUUGGACUGUUCGAGGAUUACAGCAGAGGCAGAGGGACAAAGAAGCAAAGCAAGCCUCAAAGUUCAAGAGGCUCAGGUCAUGUUUACAAAGAAAAUGGAGGCUGUCAUGGCUGAAGAGUUUGGCGAGGCCACCUUGGAGACAGAGAUCAGCCUUGAGACGGGAGAGGUCCAGUGGAUGAGGCAAGGGGUGGUGAUCCAAGCCAGUCCCCGACACAUGCUGGCCCAGAACGGCUGUAAACGCAGCCUGACCAUCCAAAACCUGACUCUGUCAGACCGGGGAACCUAUCGCUGCGAGACUUUACAUGACCGCACGCAGGUCAAGCUCAAUGUAGAACCCCGUAAAAUCUCCAUCCGUAAAGGCCUCACUGACCAAGAAACCUUUGAACGAGAGACUGCCUCCUUCGAGGUGGAGCUCUCCCACACAGAUGUGGAGGGAAUCUGGCAGAAGGACGGCAUCCGGGUGAAACCGAACAACCAAUGGCGGGUGAGCACCAAUGGGCUAGUCCAUAGCCUCACCAUGUCCAACCUCACCCUGGAGGACACGGGCACCAUUGUCUUCUCAGCCGAAGGAGUGCGCACCAGUGCCAGACUCACUGUCAAUGAGACUCCAGUGUCUAUCAUGAAAACGCUAGCUGAUGUCCGUGUGGAGGAGGAAUUUCAAGCCACUCUGGAGUGUGAAUUCUCCAGACAAAACAUCGAUGUCAGAUGGCUUAAGAACGGGACAGAGUUGAAGCCGGGGAAGAACUGUCGGAUCUACUCCAUGGGCCGGAAGCGGUUCUGUCAGAUCAUGCAGUGCUCCCGGGCCGACUCUGGCACCUACACAUGUGACGUAGGGGAAAUCAACACUUCCUGUUCACUGGAGGUUUAUGAGCACAAGCUGGAGAUAGUGCAGGAUCUGGAGGACCUUUACAUUCAGGAGGACCAAAACGCUGUCUUCAUGUGUGAGGUUUCUCUGGAGGAUGUUACAGGGGAGUGGUACAAAGACAGCCACAAGAUCCGGCCCACCAGCACCAUCAAGAUCCGCACUGAAGGGACCAAACACUUCCUACUGAUGUGUAAUGUCACAGCUGAAGAUGCUGGGGAAAUCCGCUUUGUAGCCAAAGAUGUUGAAUCUACAGCUUACCUUGAGGUAGAAGAACUCCCUGUUUCCAUUGUAAAACCCCUGCGAGAUCGAACAGCCCUGGAGAAACACCGCGUGAUCCUUGAAUGCACCGUUUCCACACCUCGCUCCACUGCCACCUGGUACAAAGGCAAGAAGGAGCUGUUUUCAUCAGAUCGAGUGGAGAUCCUGGCUGACGGCUGCUCCCAUAAACUUGUGAUCCAGCAGGUGGCUAUGGAGGAUGAGGGCAACUACAGCAUUGAGGUCGGGGAGCACACAUCCAAAGCCAAACUGAUGGUGGAAGCCCAAGCCCUUGUCAUGGUUAAAGACUUAGAGGAUGUGGAGGUAGUGGAGUCUGAGCCCGCAUCCUUCAAGUGUGAGGUGUCUUUUGACAUAAACAAGCCUCCCCUUUGGACUCUGAAUGGGGAGACCCUUCAGUCAGGCCCCUCUGUCCGCCUGGAAAGCCAUGGGGCAGUCCACAAACUCACCCUGAAAAACACAAGCCUAGACAUGAGUGGGGAGGUGAAGUUCACCAUGGGGAAGGCCAAGAGCAGUGCGACACUCACAGUGAUGGAAAAGUAAAAAAGAGAGAGAAACGUAAGUGACUGAGAGAAAGAAAGAAAGUGACUGCAAAAAUGGGAAUGGCUCAUGUCACCUAAAACAUCCAUUUGUCAUGUUUGGAUAGCCUACAUUGCUCUGUUAUGAGUUUAUUUCAAGUUGAAAGUAUUCUGUAAAGUAAGAAGCAUUUAAAAUCUGAAGCAUGUUACUUUAUCCGAGUUAUUCCUUUUUUUACUGUGUAGAUGAUAUUUAUUUGCCUCAUACAUAUUUAUAAUUGACUUUACAUUCUUGUAUUCUGAUCAAAAUUCCCCCAAAUAAAACACAAAGUAACAGUG